AUGUCAAACAGAUCCGUGGCGAUAAAGACUGAUUCUGAUACCAACAGCGAUUAUUGUCUUCAAUUGAAUCGUUGGUUUCUGAAACCGAUUGGAGCCUGGCCCAGUUUUCCCUCUACAACUAGACAUGAAAGAAUCAUCUCUUUUCUUUUGAAUGUCUCCUGUUACAGUUCUUUAUUAUUCACCUUAAUUCCUUGCUUGCUUCACAUGUUGUUAGAAGAUGAAAGUUUUUACUUGAAAAUGAAAGUACUUGGGUCACUGGCUCAUUGGUUUGUUGGUACAAUGAAUUAUACUACUUUAUUGUUAAGAAGUAGAGAAAUACGAUUAUGUGUCGAACAUAUAAGAACUGAUUGGCAGACAAUAAUAAGAGAAGAAGAUCAACAGGUAAUGCUGAAGAAUGCAAAAUUCGGCCGCUACGUUGCAGCUAUUUCGGCGGCUAUAUUGCAGAGCGGAGUUCUAUGCUUUUGUUGCAUGACAAUUUCAAGAACAGAACUCAUUCAAAUCGGUAACGAAACAAAGAUCGUGCAUGUGCUACCCUGUGCUGUGUACAAAAAAUUAAUAGAUGUUACUCGCAGUCCUAACAGCGAACUUAUCAUUGCUUCACAAUUUUUAUCAGGAUUCAUUGUAAACUCUAGUACUGCAGGAAUUUUCAGUCUCGCAGCUAUUUUAGGAGCACAUGCUUGUGGCCAAUUGAGUAUAGUUAUGACAUGGAUCACGGAAUUUGUAAAUAAAUCGAAGAAAAGAGAGAAAAUGAUUUUUAGAGAAAUAGGCCUUAUCGUGGAGCAUCAUCUAAGAACAUUAAAUUUCAUAUCAUGUAUCGAGGAAACGAUAAAUCGGAUAAUAUUCUUGGAAGUAUUUAGGUGCUGCCUGCAUAUAUGUUGCCUUGGUUAUUACAUACUUAUGGAAUGGUCUGAUUAUGAUAAACGAAGUAUGAUCAUUUAUUUUAUGUUAUUCGUUUCAGUCUGUUUCAACAUUUUUAUAAUAUGUUAUAUCGGCGAAAUAUUAGCAGAAGAGAGUAUGAAAGUCGGUGAAGUAGUCUAUAUGACUGACUGGUAUUAUUUACCCGAUAAGACGAUCCUCGAUUUGAUUUUAAUCAUAGCACGAUCGAGCGUAGUGGUUCAAAUUACUGCAGGAAAAUUAAUUCAUAUGUCUAUUCAAACAUUUACCGAUGUUAUAAAAACCGGUUUUGCAUAUUUAAAUCUCUUACGUCAAGUGACGUAA